AUGUAUAUGAAAACAGGCAUAUUGUUAAUCGCCGGGGCAAUUGCUGCUACGGCUUCAAGCUGGAGGGGCGAGGUACCGGCACAGCGAUCGUACAUGUAUGUUGGCGGACAAUACAGAUUGGAUAAUUCGGGCGGGCAUGUUUUCGCCGAUCAGAUGUAUGUCGAAAAAUUGACCCCGGAGAAGACUACCAAGCCACAUCCGAUCUUGUUCAUCCACGGACAAGCACAGACGGGAGUAAACUGGCUUAACAAGCCUGAUGGAGGGGAAGGUUGGGCUUCUUACUUUCUCUCCCAAGGAUAUGAAUGUUAUAUCAUCGACCAGACCUUCCGUGGCCGCAGUCCUUGGUUCCCUGAUAAUGGGACUCUGAGCACCUACAGCGCCGAGGUGUUGCAGCAACGUUUCACAGCGCCCAAGAAUUACAAUCUCUGGCCGCAAGCCUCCCUGCAUACCCAAUGGAACGGAACGGGCGUCAUGGGUGAUCCUAUAUUCGAUGCCUACUAUGCCUCAACUGUCCAGUUCCUCAGCUCAUCAACCUACCAGCAGUCAACUGUGCAAGCUGCUAGUGCUGCUCUGCUCGACAUCAUCGGAACCCCGGUCAUUCUUCUCUCCCACUCCCAGGGUGGAUGUAUGCCCUGGCUUAUUGCAGAUGUGCGCCCGAAGCUCGUCCACUCGAUUGUCUCGCUCGAGCCCACUGGCCCUCCAUUCCAAGAGGCUAUCUUCAGCAACAAAUCUAGUCGCCCAUAUGGGCUUACUGAUAUCCCGAUAACCUACUCGCCCACCUUGAACGAUCCCUCCGAUCUUGUGAAGCACGUCAUUCCUUCUAACUCGUCGGAGUAUAGCGACUGCAUUAUCCAGGCUGAGUCUCCCGCGCCGAGACAGCUUGUUAAUCUCGCCCAGACCCCUGUCCUUGUUAUGACGACCGAAUCAUCUUACCACGCACCAUAUGAUUGGUGUACGGUGAAGUUCCUGAAGCAGGCUGGUGUCCCAGCGGAGCAUCUUCAGCUGAGCGAUAUCGGUAUUCAUGGAAAUGGACAUAUGGUCUUCAUGGAAAAGAACAGUUUACAAGUUGCAGCUGUCUUGCAGAAGUGGAUGGAGCGAUCCUAA